CAAUCUGCACAGAUAACAAUGUGGGAGUGCAUCAAGCCCAGUAUAUAUUUCAGCACUGAAAUUACGCAGAGAAACGUGUAUGUUUGUCAAGAAACGGUUUGUAUAAUGGGGCUCUUGUACCUAUUCGCGUUGUUUUCUUUGAUUUCAGGUAAUGAUGGGACGUUGGAUGUGACCGCUCUCUCACAGCAAGUCAACUGCACUGAUCCACAGUCUAUGCUCGUAGCUUCACAGAAGUGUCUUGAUGCGUACAAUAUCCCCUUCAAAAUGCCUUCCAUUGAGGAAUUUGCCAACUUGUCAAAUCCUUCGUUGUUAUCACAGCUGAUAACCCCGGCAUAUCUAGCUGAUAUGUGUAGGAAUCUUGACACUUACGAGAAAGCGCAAGUGUGUGCGCAAAACAUACUCUCUAAAUGUACCCAGGGCCAGUCACUAGAUUCACAGACGGUGAAGAAGGCACAAGCAUAUGCCUGUGCCAACUUGGACAAAUUCAACAUAAGCUGCAUGUUUGAAAUGACGUCCAAAAUAGCGGACUGCAGCUCUACCUUCACCUACUUGACAUUCAGCGAUUUUAUUAAUCUCAAUUAUACAGAGUAUUUCCAUAAGGGAACUUGUAUGUCAGAAAAGUUUACACCCUUCUGUGCCCACAAGUACCUGCCAACCUGUGGCGAGGUCGCACGCCAUCUCUACGAAAUGAUCAUUUCAAACAACGCAGCUGCAGAAUGCCUAACACCCAAGAGCUUCGACACACCCACCGUGGACUGUUCCACCACUGACAACAUCCGAAGUAGCUACCAUCAAUGCUUUAUCUACAACAGGAUACUGCUCCAAUUCCCGGAAAACCUAACCAGUGAAGACACUAGCCAGCGCAUUAUGCACGCUAUUACAAUAGAUGACAAUCUGUGCAGUAAUCUGACGGACUACCAGCAGGCAGUCAACUGUACUCUGCAGGUACAGAAGCAAUGCAGUGAUGACGCGAUGAAGCCCACGGUGGCCGACUCUCAGACAGUGCAGGACGGCUUUGCUAAACUCUGUGGUCAUAUCGGGGAUUUCGACACCAAGUGCGUUCAAAAUGCACCCAAAGGAACUUGCCACAGUAGACGCCCAGCUUUGGAUCCGAAACAAUUGUGCGCCGCCACUAGCGCCACCCAGAACUGUCUGGUUUCAGAAGUGAGCAACUGCAGUAAGACGACCGUCAGUAUGUUCAAGGACGUCCUACUUAGCCAAUCCCCGUCUAUGUGUCUAAAACAGGCACCCUUGGUUGGCUAAUCUACAUCGUCACACAAUCGCGAUUGUAUUGAUGUUGAGUGACAAUAAAUACAUUCAAGUAAACACAUGAAA